GAGCUCAGGACGGUGCAGACCAGGGGAAGGAGGCGGCUCUCCCAGCCUGUGGCUGGUCGUCGGUGGGGCCUUCAGACAGGUCUCGGACCCUGGGCCUGGGCUCUGCGGGGCUCUACCUCAGAGGCCCCACUGGACCCUGGGCUCUUCCUUGGAUUCUUGUGUGUUUGGUGAGCUUCGCUGGAUUCAGGGUCUUGGGCAUCAGAGGUCUGCCGCGAUGGGGAAGCCCUGGCUGCGUGCGCUAGAGCUGCUGCUCCUGCUGGGCGCGUGGUGGGCGCGGGCGGGCGCUCCGCGCUGCACCUACACCUUCGUGCUGCCCCCGCAGAAGUUCACCGGCGCCGUGUGCUGGAGCGGCCCCGCGUCCACGCGGGCGGCGCCCGAGGCCGCCAACGCCAGCGAGCUGUCAGCGCUGCGCAUGCGCGUCGGCCGCCACGAGGCGUUGUUACGCGAGCUGCAGAGGCUGGCGGCGGCCGACGGCGCCGUGGCCGGCGAGGUGCGCGCGCUGCGCAAGGAGAGCCGCGGCCUGAGCGCGCGCCUGGGCCAGUUGCGCGCGCAGCUGCAGCACGAGGCGGGGCCCGGGGCGGGCCUGGGGUCGGAUCUGGGGGCGGAGCCUGCCGCGGCGCUGGCGCUGCUCGGGGAGCGCGUGCUUAACGCGUCCGCCGAGGCUCAGCGCGCCGCCGCCCGCUUCCACCAGCUGGACGUCAAGUUCCGCGAGCUGGCGCAGCUCGUCACCCAGCAGAGCAGUCUCAUCGCCCGCCUGGAGCGCCUGUGCCCGGGAGGCGCGGGCGGGCAGCAGCAGGUCCUGCCGCCACCCCCACUGGUCCCUGUGGUUCCGGUCCGUCUUGUGGGUAGCACCAAUGUCACCAGUAGGAUGCUGGACCCAGCCCCAGAGCCACAGAGAGACCAGACCCAGAGACAGCAGGAGCCCCUGGCUUCUCCCAUGCCUGCAGGUCACCCUGCUGUCCCCACCAAGCCUGUGGGCCCAUGGCAGGAUUGUGCAGAGGCCCACCAGGCAGGCCAUGAACAGAGUGGAGUGUAUGAACUGAGACUGGGCCGCCAUGUGGUGUCAGUAUGGUGUGAGCAGCAGCUGGAGGGUGGAGGCUGGACUGUGAUCCAGCGGAGGCAAGAUGGUUCAGUCAACUUCUUCACUACCUGGCAGCACUAUAAGGCGGGCUUUGGGCGGCCAGAUGGAGAAUACUGGCUGGGCCUUGAACCCGUGUAUCAGCUGACCAGCCGUGGGGACCAUGAGCUGCUGGUCCUCCUGGAGGACUGGGGGGGCCGUGGAGCACGUGCCCACUAUGAUGGCUUCUCCCUGGAACCUGAGAGUGACCACUACCGCCUGCGGCUUGGCCAGUACCAUGGUGAUGCUGGAGACUCUCUUUCCUGGCACAAUGACAAGCCCUUCAGCACCGUGGAUAGGGACCGAGACUCCUAUUCUGGUAACUGUGCCCUGUACCAGCGGGGAGGCUGGUGGUACCAUGCCUGUGCCCACUCCAACCUCAACGGUGUGUGGCACCACGGCGGCCACUACCGAAGCCGCUACCAGGAUGGUGUCUACUGGGCUGAGUUUCGUGGUGGGGCAUACUCUCUCAGGAAGGCCGCCAUGCUCAUUCGGCCCCUGAAGCUGUGACUCUCUGUUCCUCUGUCCCCUAGGCCCCAGGGGACAUUGGUCAGCAGGAGCCCAAGUUGUUCUGGCCACACCUUCUUUGUGGCUCAGUGCCAAUGUGUCCCACAGAACUUCCCACUGUGGAUCUGUGACCCUGGGCACUGAAAAUGGGACCCAAGAAUCCCCCGUUAAUAUCUUGGCCCCAGAUGGCUCCCCAAGGUCACUCAUAUCUUAUAAUAACACAAAGUAGCCACA